AUGUCGACGUAUGACCUUCCUCUCAGAUGUUUGUUCAAGAACGGGAUAAACUUGCUCAUCUGGUGGAAGGCGCCCAAAGUUCGCCAAGUAAAGAUGAGUAAAAAUGUUUCCCUGAAUAAGGCAACCACACAAUCGCCAGAGUGCCUUGAUUAUGAAGGUGCAUCUCAUUUGGCUGUAGAUGGUAACACUACAACCGAAUUUGGAGAAAGCAAACCACACGCAUGCACGUGCGCAAGAGGGACAUCUUCCACAUUCUGGAGUGUUGAUCUAGGAAAACCGUAUCCACUUCACAACAUAAGAAUAUUCCAGAGGAAUAGCUGUAAGUCGUCCUGA